UGAAGUAAUAUUUACUUCCAACAAGGUCAAAUAUGAUAUAGGCAUAUUCGCUACGAUGCCUGAAGGUGUAACUAUUGAAGAUGAACUAAAUAUCUUCAAUGACGUCUUUUCAACUAGCGAGGAUGGCACCACCACCACCUUUUCCCCUUCCAUAACAUAUGAAUUCCUGAGGUCACGUGACGUUUUUAAUAUGCCCGAUCUAAGGAAACUCGCGACCAAAGAUAUUCACCUUGUGGUGUUGACGCAUGGAAUACAUGGUUCAACGCUUGAUAAAUUGUUUCUCAAGGAAGCCAUAGAAGAGAAGCACAAGGAUAACGAGGUUAAUCAGAUUGUUUUUUUUAUGUCCGAUGUAAACCACACUUGCACCGAGGAUGGUAUUGAAAUGUGUGGUAAAAGGUUGGCCGACAAUCUCUUAGAAUAUGUGGGAUGGCCGUGGACCGACAAUUCACCCUUGAUCUCAAAGAUCUCCUUAAUCGGGCAUUCUUUAGGCGGAUUGAUCAAUAUAUUUCUGAUAGGUUAUUUGAAUAGUGUCACCGAUGGAAAAUUUUUCAAAGAUGUACAACCAAUAAAUUUCAUAGCCCUGGCUUCACCUUUGCUUGGAUCUUCCGAACAUCCAUGGUUUGUACAGGCAG